AUGGAUAAAGAAGAAAACCUAUUUUUUUCUUUUUUCUUUUAGGACAAAAGGCUAAAAUCUUGCCUCAACAUCCACCGGCCAUCGGCACCGACACGCCUACAGGGACCGGAACCCAUUGCCCGGUUAAAGCAUUACCGCGAAAAUUAACAGCCAAUUACGCACCCCGCGUCCUAUAACAAAACCUCUCGUUCAAAAUCCAUCACAAAACCCAGAAUCUCUCUCUCUCUCUCUCCCUCUCCCUCUCUUUCUCUCCUCUUUCCUCUCUCCUCUCUCUCCUCUGUGUCUGCCUCUGGUAUGGGUUCUCUUCCGCCAUUUUCAGACCACAUUGCAAAUCCCAAAGAAACCAAAACCCUAAUUAACCCUGAUGACCUGCUCAAUCUUUUCAAGUCCCAACAGAAGUACCUGAAUUUCUUCUUCCAGAACCUUAAUCACUCGCAAACCCUAGCAUUCACCCAAACCCUGUUGAAUGCCAGAGGCACUAUUUUCUUCACUGGCGUCGGCAAGUCCGGCUUUGUCGCCCAAAAGAUCUCCCAGACCCUUGUCUCGCUGGGCGUCCGAUCUGGGUUCUUGUCCCCCGUCGACGCCCUCCAUGGCGACAUUGGCGUCUUGUCGAGCGCCGACCUGGUGGUGUUCUUCAGCAAGUCCGGGAACACCGAGGAGCUCUUGAGGUUGGCGCCGUGCGCGAAGGCCAAGGGUGCGUACCUCAUUUCCGUGACGUCGACGGUGGUGAAUGCCCUGACGGGGGUGUGUGACUUGAAUGUGCAUUUGCCUCUGGAGAGGGAAUUGUGCCCGUUCGAUCUCGCGCCGGUCACUUCAACCGCGAUCCAGAUGGUUUUCGGCGAUACAGUGGCGAUUGCGCUGAUGGCGGCACGGAAUUUGACGAAGGAUGAGUAUGCGGCGAAUCAUCCGGCGGGAAGGAUCGGAAAGAGUCUCAUUUUCAAGGUGAAAGAUGUCAUGAAGAAGCAAGAUGAACUCCCACUAUGCAGAGAAGGAGAUUUAAUCAUGGAUCAGUUAGUGGAGUUAACAAGUAAAGGCUGUGGUUGUUUGCUUCUUGUUGAUGAUGAGCAUCAUCUGAUCGGGACAUUCACAGAUGGUGACCUGAGACGUACUCUUAAAGCCAGCGGUGAAGGCAUCUUUAAGCUCUCGGUGGGGAAAAUGUGCAACCGGAACCCAAGAACAAUCAAUCCAGAUGCAAUGGCAGUGGAGGCAAUGCGGAAGAUGGAAUCACCACCGUCGCCUGUCCAAUUCUUGCCAGUCGUCAAUAGUCAAAAUGUCCUGAUUGGCAUUGUCACGUUGCAUGGAUUGGUCUCAGCUGGCCUGUGAUCUGUGUUUGUGUUUUUGUCUGUAUCAUUUGUUUCCUGUAUUCUUUUCAGUUUAUGAUUCUUUAAUCUCUUUGUACCUCGAGAAUUUCAAAUUCAAAUAUGAGGUGGGAUUCUAUUUGGAAACCUGAUAAUAUGAAUGUAAUGUUAUUCAUUCUUAUUUAUUGUGCAAA